UGAACCAUAUAUUUUAUGAUGUUAAACGUUGCUUGGGGUCAAAUUGACCCCAAGGAUAACAUGAGGGUUAAGGUGAUAAUGGAGCUGAAUGGAGCUGAUUUAAUGAGCAGCAUUAGAGUGUUCACAGAGGUUGUGUAGUCAAAUCCUUCCAACAGUGGUUGUCAGAAUGUGGUCACUAACACUGUUAGCCUAUGACAUAGGAAUUGACGCUGUUAUGACAUGGGAAAUCACAAAUCACACACACGUACAUGUACCAACAUGCAGCACACACACACACACACACAGAGCAGGCAUUCAAUCAGAGAGAGAGAGGGACAGCUAUUUAUCUGUGUACGAGGAUCUAAGCAAACCCCAACCCUCAUUGAACCGAUGCCAAAAUCCACUUAGGCGCACAGUAAUAAAUCAAUUUGAUGACAGAUGCGCAAGAAUAAUAGACGGAUGCAGGUCGGUAAUCCCUAACACCUGCACCGCGGAUGAGAUCGCUAACGACUCGUCUCCGGCUCAAACGCUGCCAAAAAAAGGUCAGGAUGGAAAUUGAAGCGCUUAAUUAUGAGGCCACCCACGCGUAGCCUGUCAUCGGUAACAGCUUCUAUUUAUAGCUCUUGCCAUAUUCCGUCAGAGCGGCAGGGAAAAUCUCCCAGGUUAUGUCUGUUUUAUUCAUAUCACAGCCUAUCGCCUUCUCUGCGCCAAUGGAAUCGUUUACAUCAAUUGAUGUGACUUGGCGGGAAAGACACGCGGAGCAUCUCAGGUCUGACUAUAUUGCAUACAUUACAGUAGCAUUUCUCCCGACUGUUUCGUGCUCAGUGUUUUGCUGACUUGCGGUCCACUCAGACACGCACAGACUGCGCGCAAGGCGGGAAUGUUGCUGUGGGAUCCCCCUGCUCUCCGCCUCCAGUGUUAAAUAGCCCACGCUCCUGCACGAGCUGCCAUCCUCUCCUCGGAGAACGUGAGAAGAGAGAAAGGAGGAAGGCGGGGGUCGGUGUACAUCGUUCGGGACUUUUUUUUAUCAGGCUCUAUCUAUGCACAGACAGACAACACGCCACAAACAGCCCUCUGGGAUGAGAGAGACGGACGCAAACUGUUUCAGGCUCUACUUUACAGACUGUUACCUCCUGACUGCAGACAUCUGGCGUAAAUUUGAGUUAAACAGGGACCUGUGUGAAUGGCAUCGCCAUGGAAGGACUUAUGUUCCAAAGAGUCAGGGGCCGGCGGAGAAAGAGUCUUUUCGUGUGUGCCGAGCUUGAGGCGCUUUUUCAUCAGUACAACCUACGACUUGAGCAAGCGGCCACGCUUAAAGCGCUUCUGGUACUCAUCCUAGCCGCGUCGGCACUUGCCCUGGCGGAGCUUCUGUCCGGGGGGGCGAGCCUCACGGUGUCCAAGGGAUCGCACGCGGUCCACUCUGUUGUGUUCGCCUCGCUCUUCAUCGUGGCCAACGUGCGCGAGCUGCAAGCAACUCAGCUGCAGCAGAUUGCCAGGCUCGCUCUGCUCUUCAGCUUCACGUUCGCGCUCCUCUGCUGCCCGCUGCCUCUGACGCUCGAGCUGGUUCAAUCUCAAGGAGGACAAGAGAGCUUUGCUUCCCCAGCACCUGACCAGGGUAUCUGGCAGCUUAUGUUGGUGACAUUCAUAGCUUAUUCGCUACUUCCUGUGCGCGUGUUGUUCGCGCUCCUGUUCGGGAUAGCUUUGGCACUGGCCCACCUCACCGUGACAGCAUCCUCGGUACCAGGACAGAGGCAACUAUGGAGACCGGUUUUGGUGAACAUGUUGCUGUUGGCUGUGGUGAACCUCAGUUGUGUGUUUGUACGUGUGCGGACAGAGCAUGCUCAGAGAAAGGCCUUCCUGCAAGCCAGAGAUUGCAUCCAACAGAGACUCACACUGGAAGAUGAAAAUGAAAAACAGGAACGCCUCCUCAUGAGUUUAUUGCCAAGAAACGUCGCCAUGGAGAUGAAGGAGGACUUUCUGGCUCCACCUGAUAGAAUCUUCCACAAAAUCUACAUCCAGCGCCAUGACAACGUUAGCAUUUUGUUUGCUGAUAUUGUUGGAUUCACAGGGUUGGCCUCCCAGUGCACAGCUCAGGAGCUGGUUAAACUCCUCAAUGAACUCUUUGGCAAAUUUGAUGAGCUUGCAACUGAGAACCACUGUAGGAGGAUUAAGAUUCUGGGGGAUUGCUACUACUGUGUCAGCGGCUUGACCCAGCCAAAAGCCGACCAUGCCCAUUGCUGCGUGGAGAUGGGCCUAGACAUGAUAGACACCAUCACGUCAGUUGCUGAGGCAACAGAGGUAGACCUGAACAUGCGUGUGGGAUUGCACACGGGCAGAGUGCUGUGUGGAGUUCUGGGAUUGAGGAAGUGGCAGUAUGACGUCUGGUCCAACGACGUCACGCUGGCGAAUGUGAUGGAGGCUGGCGGGCUACCGGGUAAGGUACACCUCACACAGGCCACUCUGGAGUGUUUGAAUGGGGAUUACGAGGUGGAGCCAGGUCUGGGGCAUGAGAGACACGCCUACCUAAGCAAGCAUGCCAUACAGACCUUCUUCAUUGUGCCCUCGCACCGACGCAAGAUUUUCCCAGGGCUCAUCCUGUCAGACAUUAAGCCGGCCAAGCGCAUGCGUUUCAAGACCGUCUGCUGUCUGCUGGUGCAACUCAUGCACUGCAGGAAGAUGUUUAAGGCUGAGAUCCCCUUCUCCAACGUGCUCACCUGUGAAGACGACGAUAAGAGACGUGCCCUGAGGACUGAGAAAGUGCGCAGCCGGACGUCAUUUUCAGUGGGUGUGGUGCAGAACUCUCCGGAAACACGUGUCAACCGCUACAUUAGCCGGCUGAUUGAGGCCCGAGAGACGGACACACACACACACCUGCACUACGUCACACUCGCCUAUAAGGACAAGAACAGAGAACAAGGAUACCAGAAAGUGUGUGAUGAUCAUUUCAUCAGUGCCGUGGGCCUCUCUCUGGUCCUCUCCACUCUGUUUGGCCUCAUCUACCUUCUCAUUAUCCCAGGGAGGCUGCUGGUUGUGGUGGUGCUGCUGGUUCUGAGUAUCUGCUUCCACUCAUCCUGCGUCAUGUACCUCCACAUCACACACAUACAGUGUUCUCCAGGAUGUCUUACUCUGCGCAUUCGCACCGUUCUGUGUGUGUUUCUGGCGCUGCUUACCUUCUCCAUGACGCAGAGCUGUGUGGCCACCAGUCUUCCUUGGUCGUGGGAAGCCAACUCCAACUCCAGUGCCUCUUUGGUGACGGUGGUGGUUGGGAACACCACACACAUGUGCGGUGUGUGUGAGCGCAUCCAGUACGCCCUGCUGUCGUGUGUGUGCGCGCCACUCAGUAUCAUGCUCUUCCUGCGUGUGUCGUCACUUCCCAAGAUCCUCCUGAUCUUGCUCCUUGGGACCCUCUACCUGGUCAUCAUGGAAACCAGCAGCUAUCGACUGGCCAUUGGGGGUUUGCUGCAGGGCCGUGGCUUUGAUGCUCUGCUGGCCAUGCUGUUGUUUUUCGGAGCUCUGGCCCUCCACUGCCGACAGCUGGACCUUAAACUACGACUGGACUACCUCUGGGCUACACAGGCGGAGGAGGAGAGGGAUGACAUGGAGAAGGUGAAGCUGGACAACAAGAGGAUCCUGUUCAACCUAUUACCUGCUCACGUCGCCCAGCACUUCCUGCUCUCCAACCCCCGGAACAUGGACCUGUACUACCAGUCUUAUGCCCAGGUCGGGGUGCUGUUUGCCUCCAUCCCCAACUUCAAUGACUUCUACAUGGAGCUGGAUGGCAACAACAUGGGUGUGGAGUGCCUACGCCUCCUUAAUGAAAUCAUCGCUGACUUCGAUGAGCUGAUGGACAAAGAGUGCUACAGGGACAUAGAGAAAAUAAAGACCAUCGGCAGCACAUACAUGGCAGCUGUUGGGCUGGUCCCCACCACAGACUCACAGGUGAAGAAAAGCAUCUCAGAUCAUCUGUGUAUGGUGGCUGACUUCACCAUGGAGAUGUUUGAUGUGCUGGAGGCCAUAAACUACCAGUCCUACAAUGAGUUUGUUCUUCGAGUAGGGAUUAAUGUUGGGCCAGUCGUUGCCGGGGUGAUUGGGGCUAGGCGUCCCCAGUAUGACAUCUGGGGAAACACAGUGAAUGUGGCCAGCCGAAUGGACACCACAGGACUACCGGGCAAAGUACAGGUGACGGAGGAUGUGUUUCGGCUGCUGCGGGGUCACUACGAGUUCAUGUGCCGGGGCAAAGUCACAGUGAAGGGCAAAGGAGAAAUGCUCACCUACUUCCUGGAGGGGCGGGCUCAGAGCUGCAGGAGCAGAGCCAAGCCUCGUUCCCACGGCGACGAGCACAGCCCCAGUCCAUGCGUGCGGACGGCCAGCAGCUUCUCGCUGAGGACACACACUAACACACACGCACUGGCCGGUGGUGGUUGCACAGCCACCCCCAACAGUGCCAUCCUCUACCUGCCCUCUGCCGCCGUCCCGGUGACGAUGGAGGUUUGACUGACACAAAGACUGGUCUCCAUGGCGACAGAUGUGGAGUAUCCGUUCUCCUUCUCUGAGAUGAGAAUGAGGACAGGACAGAGCUGAUACGGAGCCACAGAGAGAGGGGAAGAAGGGAAGGCCAUGAAUCGUUAGACGUGUGUGUUGGUGUGGUGUUGUGCUGUGCAUGCAUAUUUGCAUGCCUUUGUCCAAGCAACACUUGAAUCUUCCGUAUUGAUUUUGCUGUGGUGACUGUCAAUCCAAGCAGGUGUAACAUAUCAAUCAAACUGAACUGCUGUAUUUUGUGUGUGUGUGUGUGUGUGUGUGUGUGUGUGUGUGUGUGUGUGUGUGUGUGUGUGUGUGUGUGUGUGUGUGUGUGUGUGUGUGUGUGUGUGUGCGCAUGCACAAGUGUAAGUGGGUGUAUGUGUAUGAAGUCCUUCUGUUCUAAAGAAGCAGCACAAUUGUGUAAUUCUAGCUAACCAUCCCCAGUGUUGAUACCUUUUCAAACUUCAGCAUAUCUGAAUAUGACCUUUGAUCAUUAUGGAUUUGUGUUGAAUAUGACCUUUGAUAACUAUGGAUUUGUGUUGAAUAUGCAUGAAUGGCUUCAUGUGCAUGGAGGUCUGAAGACUGAGCUGCAUUUGUUAUGUGGGCAGAUUACAGUAGAAUUCAGUGGAGUGUACUUUGUGAGUAUUGCUAUUGAAGAAGCUCAUCGGCCUUCAGACAGAUACGUUUGGGAAUCAGAGAGUAGAGACCCGGAGGAGCAAAUGACCAACAACGUUAAAGGAGAAUUCCGCCGACUUUUCACAUAGAUCUCUGUUUCUCGAGGUCACCGAGUACUGUCGAAAUGAAAACAAUCGGUUCUACCUAUAACUCGAGGUUGCUGCAGCCAACAGCUAGAGCUGCCAGACAGCUACAGUGCUACACUCUGGGGGAAUGUUCAUGAGCCCUCAUGUUUUUUUCCUUUACGGACAGUACUCAGUGACCUUGAGAACUAUGUGAAAAACUGCCGGAAUUCUCCUUUAAUCCACGCACACCAACAGCCAUUCCCUUCCAUGAAGACCCCCUCUCCCCCAACACACACUCACACCCACACACAGCAGUGAACAAUGAAAGAUAUUAAAAAGAUAUGAAUGUUUUUAUGUGUUCCGAGGAGGCACUAUGUAGUUUUUGAUGCCAAAAGUGAAAAGGUUUCUAGAUGUUCAGUUAUGACAUGCAUGAUAUGAACAGGAAAAUAUCAAAUUUUCCAGUAGGCUAUUUCUGUUUUUUAUUAUUCUAUAUGCUUUCUUUCAGGUGUUUCAUUAUUAUUUAGUCAAAGGCAAGUGUAGCAUGCUUGUAAUACCGUUAAAUGCUUCAAAGACACAGACAGUAUUGCAUGUUCAGGGAACACAAAAGCACUGUGCAUACACUGUGGUUAAUAUAUGUGUAUUUUUGACAACAAAAACUACAUAUGGCAUCUUUAAGAAAGUCUAAUGUCCCUUAGAGCUGCUGUAAUGCAUGUCACUAGAUCAAUCAUUUCUGACAGUUAAUAAAGCAACCUGCCAUCGGUCAAUUGGCAAAACAAUAACAUACCUCAUCACCUUAGUAAAGUCAGGCUUCACCCAUCGGAUUAAACAAGCAAGAUGUUCAUCGAAUUUUCUCUAAUAGGUUUAACAUUUCAGAGUAUUGCACCCAGGAUGACACCGUUAAUGGUAGUAUUAGCAUAGAUGUUGACCAAUGCUUAGGCUUUGUCCAGAGCACUAAAAAGACUGAUUACAUUCCAGGUCAGAACUUAUUUGACUCUACUACAAACUUUAUAACUCUCACAUGAUGUGUCAUUUAAAUUGGUAUAUUAACAAAUAUACCAAUUUAAAGUGGUAUAUUAACAAAUUGCCAAGAUUAAGCGUAGGGUUUUUAAGUGGAUCUUAUUGGUAACAAAGUAUAUUUUUGUCAGUAAAAGUCAUCAACAAUA